UCUAUAAAAAAGCCCUUAAACCAGGUGAGCUAAAAGUUCCACUGCUUUAUCCAUCAAACCUUUAUCACACAACCUGCAAAUAACUUCCUCUGUUCUUGAUCUCUUAACAAACAAGUUCCUGCUAAAUGCUUCCUCUAAUAAACCCUGAGCACAACCAACCUCGUCUACUUCAAUAAACGCACUAAUCAUAAAUUCAUAAUAUCAUACGUGUGGCAGUUCCGGUCAACCCCAUUCAGCAUAUAAACAUACCAAAUCGAAAACAUCAAAUCUUACGGAUAGUCUAUUUUUAACCACAACUGCAAAAAACGGUAUUAUUUGAAUAUUUGCAUGCCACUCCAAAGGCAUUCAUUUUACAGUUUAACUACUGUUAAACAAGAAAAAAAUAGUUGACAAAACUAUGUUAAUAUAUUUGUUUCAUAACUAUACUGAUCUUUAUGCCAAACACAAUUUAAUUACGUUUUGAAAGAAACGAUGCGUCAAUUGGAAGAUAAAAAAGGAUCUAAGUCCAAAGAGACUCUUAGAGUUCACUGUUAUUUGCUUGCAGGAAGAUCAGAAGACGAUACACCUUCUCUAUCCUCAUCUCAAAAUCUAUUUAGUGUAUACUUCUUUGGAUAUAUUUUGAUCAGGCAUGUCUUAUAUUCCUCCACAUAAGCGAAACUUGAAGGAUCCAGUUAAACCUUCCCCUUUUCCAUAUUCUCUUCUCACAAAAUUCGAAAAGAACAUCAAUGAACUCAAAAGUAGCAGUGCUAAAGGCAAUGGAAUUGUGUACUCAGAAAAAUAUUUUACCAAAUGGUUUCUUAUUGGUUCAAAUGGAAUUAUGGACGAGGUUCCUCCAUAUGUCAAGCUUGUGCCCUUAUCCUCUGAUUCUUCUGAACAUGGAGUAAAGGCUUUGGUAUUGAUGAACAAAGACUUUCACAAAGUGUGCAUGAGGACUGAAGAGAGCAAAGACAAAGAAGAAAGAACUAGGUGGCUCUUAGUAGCAGAGAAAGUCGCUGAGGACCUUAUGUUUGCAUAUGACCAAGCUAAUAAGUGUGUGGAGGAUCAUCAUCUUUCAGAUAAUGCCAAACUAAGAUUGGUUGCCAGGUUUGGAAAAAUGAUCUUUUAUGGGAGCAAAGCUGGUCCUGUGGUUGAUUAUUCCCUAAAGAACUCGAGAAGGAUAUUCUCUACAGAUGUACCAACCUCUUUCAUACAAAACAUCAAGUCUAAGGCUAUACCAAGCCAUGAGUUCUGUAUAGACGGAGAAAAGGAAAAAUACAUCGUGAAGAUUACUGGUCCCAGUGGAAUCAUCAAUUGUAAAUGUGUCGUGAAGGAAGAUAAACGUCUCAGUAUGUACAAGGCCGAGCUUCAUCCUGUAAGGCAUUCGACUAUUGAUAUCUCUUGCAUUGAUAAGAAUCUUGAUGUAAGGCUUAUGCUCGCCGGCAAAAGGACAAUAAGCACCCUCACGGUUAGUUAAUUUUGAUAUAUAUAUAGUAUCUGGAUUAUAGAUAUGCCUCUCUUGUACUUAGCUUAAGUUCCAUUUAUAUGACGUAUCCAAGGACUACUUGGUUCAGCAAUUGUUGAUCCGAAUGUGAAAGGUAGAUUAAGGUGGUCGCUUGGUAAAACUUCAUUCGAAGAUUGUUACAAAAUAUUUGAAGUUUGUCACGUUAGAGUUACUAUCCACAAAACAAGGACUCUUGUGCUUAAGGUCAGAGAGACCGAUAGAAUGAAUGAGAGGUAUGAAACAGGGGAAAUCGAGAAGGGGGUGACUCUUAUACUUAAAGAGAUUAACACUAAGCUACAGGAGCAGAAAAUUGAGAGGGGUUGUGUUUUGGAAAUGCUCCGAGAUGUUCUUGGAACUAUAUGGGACUUCUUAAGUUGCGAUGGCUCCGAGAUGCUCUUGGAACCAUAUGGGACUUAUUGAGUUGCUGCUAUGGCAGUCUUAUGUAGUAAAGAAUCAUUCUAGUGCUAUGUUGAGUUUCUGUUUUACGUUCUUUUGUGUUUUGUUACUUCAAAGUUCAUGAGAAUUUUUGUUUGAGGGUCAAAAUCUCUCUUACUUAAAGUAGAAUACAACACACCAGCUGGAUUCUUCUACAUUCUGUUAUGUUUUGUAUCCACGUCAGUCUCUCUAGGUUGGCCUGUCCUUGUCAUACUCUGAAGCUCACAUGUAUUUUAGUCUGGUCCAGCCUGGC